AUAACCGCGUUUACGAAUUUUUUUCCAAAUUCUCACUUUUUUUUGACGUAACCACCUGAUUUCCACUCUCUUUCCUCCACCCACUGCUAUAUAAAUUCCUUUCAAUUUCGUCUUCCUUCCAUCUCCUGUUUUUUACUCAUAUAUGAACCCUAAUUCUAAUUGGUAUCAUUAAAAAUUAACCCAUUUUUUUUUUCAAUUUUCCUUUCCUUCUAAUUUUCCCGAGAAAAUUAAAAAUCCGUAUAUAAAUUUUUGAUCAAUCCAAUUAGAAUGGGGUUUAAAGGAUUUGCUGAAGGAGGAAUUGCUUCCAUUAUUGCUGGCUGUUCGACUCAUCCUCUUGAUCUGCUUAAGGUACGAAUGCAACUUCAAGGAGAAUCUCACGCGCCGGCGAAUCCUGCCCCCACGCUCCGUCCUGCUCUUGCUUUCCACCCUACCGCCUCCGCCUCUACGGCUGUUCAUCUGCAACCUCCGCCUCGCGUGGGGCUUAUUUCUGUCGGUGCUCGUAUAGUCCAGGAGGAAGGUGUCGCCGCGCUUUUCUCAGGCGUCUCCGCCACCGUCCUCCGCCAGACGCUUUACUCCACCACGCGUAUGGGUCUCUACGAUAUUUUGAAGCAGAAAUGGACAGAUCCGAACACGAACACCAUGCCUUUAUCGAGCAAGAUUGUCGCCGGAUUAAUCGCCGGUGGAAUCGGGGCUGCCGUUGGAAACCCUGCUGACGUGGCGAUGGUACGUAUGCAAGCUGACGGUCGUCUCCCAGUUGACCAACGCCGUAACUAUUCCAGCGUUAUUGACGCGAUCAAACGCAUGACGAAACAAGAAGGCGUCACUAGCCUGUGGCGCGGCUCAUCGCUAACGGUGAACCGCGCCAUGCUGGUCACAGCAUCACAGCUGGCAUCGUACGAUCAGUUCAAAGAAACGAUUCUAGAAAAAAAAUGGAUGCGCGACGGACUCGGGACGCACGUGACGGCGAGUUUCGCGGCGGGGUUUGUGGCGUCGGUGGCAUCGAAUCCUGUCGAUGUGAUUAAAACGAGGGUGAUGAAUAUGAAGGUGGAGCCAGGGGCGCCGCCGCCGUAUUCUGGCGCGGUGGAUUGUGCUUUAAAGACGGUGAGAGCUGAAGGGCCGAUGGCUCUGUAUAAAGGAUUUAUUCCGACGAUUUCACGACAAGGGCCGUUUACAGUUGUGUUGUUUGUGACGUUGGAACAAGUCAGGAAAUUGCUUAAGGAUUUCUGAUGAAAUUAUUACUAUGAUGAUGAUGACGAAAACUUAGAAAUUCUAUUACAUUUGUCUUAAGAUUGUCGGAAUUGUUUUCUGUUUUUUUUUGUUCUGUGAAUGGCAGUUUUGAAAAAUAUAAGAGUUCGUGAUUCAGUUCUUAUAA